AUGUCUCAACAAUACGCUCUGUUCCUUUUCGUCUUCGCUGUUUCUCUUUCUGGAAGCCUCCAGCAGGCCAAUUGCCCUGAGGAUAAGUACGGGCUCAACAGCACCAUGAGAGAAGAGUUGUACAAAGGUCUCAAGCCUAUGAUGAAAUCUGGGCAGCUGGAAUACAAAUGCGAAUUCGAAAUAGCCGCCGGAUUGAUCCUGGAGGAUCCCUACAAGGACUUCGAGUUCACGCAAAAAACCAAUACGUACCCGAUCUUCUUUGAAGUUGAAGCGAAGGACGGUGACACCCCCUCUAGCCUGGACGAAGCUGCCCUCAAAUUCUGGAAUCAGUACAUUUCUGGACUGAGCUCUUCAAGAAAAGCUGCCGGAUGCAGCUACCUGCUCCAGUGGGGAUACCACAAAUUCUGUUGCCUCUUCGACGACAAGGCGUAA